AUGCCCCAUGGGCAGCCACCCUUGCCCGCUUCUCGAAGACAGCAAGACAUGUACACGACAGGGCCUCCCAAUAUGCGCUCGCCUCCCGCAUACAUGGGAUAUCCUCCCCAUAUGAACGGCCAGUUCCCUCCCGCCUACUCGCCGCAGCAGUACCCCCAUUGGUACCAUCCGACGGCAGCGCCGCCGUAUCCUCAGAUCCAGCCACCUCCCCGUCCGUUCCAGCCUCCCUAUGCACCGAUGUUUGUUUCGUCAUACCCUCCUGCGCAGCCGGUCAUGGCUCCCGCCCACAUGCCCCCUCCGUCACUUCCCAUGCAGCCCAGGACCGCGACCCCCCUUCAGUCUACCAUGUCGCCUCCUGUUGGCCCGGCGCCUGCUCCGUUCGGCAUGCAAGCGCAGUCUCCGGCCAUUCUUCCAGUCCAUCCGGCACCGAGCCCUGCCAUACCCUCGCCGUCCGUCCCGCCCACGGAGAAGGCUGCUCCGGCUCCGGCUCCGGCUCCGGAACCCAAAGAGCCAUACCAUCCGCCCCUUCCCUGGCUCUCUGUUCCUGAACACCCGUUUCCCGCCAGAGUUCCCCGUCGGCGCCGGAAAGACCGGUUGCUGCAGUCUUCGGCAGCUUCGGUCGAGCUGCCUUCGAAAGACGUUCCUCAACGGGCCCCCGUUGACACUGGCGACCGGAAACCCGUCGAGUCGCAUUCGCAGACGCCAUCCGAGGCGCAGUCUCCAACUCUGUCCGUAGCCCCUUCGGCUGCUGCGAAUUCUACGCAGCCGACUACGCCGUCCUCGGCGGUUCACCCCGCUGCACGUCCCCAGUCACAAUCUAAAGGGUCCAAGUCGGGGGCCUCCGUGGUGCCCGUCGUUCCAGUCGUUUCGAGUGUCACCACUGCGCGCCAAGGAAACAAGGAGGAAGCCAGUCGUUCCGCCGAAGCUGGAGCAAAGUCAUCUGAAGGCGUCGCCACGGAUGAGACCAGCGUGACUGCCCCCGAGCACGCGUCCGAAAAGGCUAGCUCCGAGGAGACAGCCAAGCCAACCUCGCCUCCGGCACCGAAAUCAUGGGCAGACCUCGUUCGCUCCAAGGCACUUGCUAAAGGUGCGGCCGCGUCGGGUGCUCCAUCUGCCGUGUCAAACGGCGUUGUCAAGCCCAAAAGCGAGUCGCUUGCGGAUGUCUUGACGAGUCUUGGAGAUGAUGUCUCUCAGUACAGCGAUAAAGUUGCUUUUCUUGAACCCAGAGGACUUGUAAAUACUGGGAACAUGUGUUAUAUGAAUUCUGUACUUCAAAUUCUGGUUUCGUGCGUUCCUUUCUAUCAGUUUUUGGAUCAUAUCGGACGAAGAGCGUCGCAUAGCUUCCACAGCGAUUUCCCAUUGGUUGAUGCUAUGAUUAUGUUCAUGAGAGAAUUCCGCAUUAUUGACGCUGCUCAAUCAGAGGAGCAGUUGAAACUACGACUGAAGCCAAAUGAGCUGGAAGAGUACGGCGAUGCUUUUAUUCCGGAGUUUGUUUAUCAAGUAAUUCGACAGCUUCCACGCUUCCGGGAUAUGCGACGUGGCCACCAGCAAGAUGCCCAAGAAUUCCUAGGCUUUUUGUUGGAAGAGAUGCACGAAGAAUGUGCCCGUGCUGCUAAAGAUGCUUCUUUUGCACCCGAUGGAUCGGCCGACCCUUCGAAUGAAGAAUCCUCGGCCGCGGACGGAGAGCCUGCAGACGGCUGGAUGGAAGUUGGUCACAAACAGAAGCCGGCAGUUACGCGAUCAUCUGGUCACAUCUCCCAGGAAUCCCCCAUGACCAAGAUCUUUGGCGGCAGAAUCCGAUCUGAAUUCAGGGUUCCUGGCAACAAGACCUCUGUGACCCUGGAGCCUUACCAACCGCUUCAGCUGGACAUCGGCUCCCCCGAGAUCAACAACAUCGUCGACGCUCUUAAGGGCCUGACCAAGCCAGAAAGCAUUCAGGGUGACUUCAACUCGUCGCGAGGCUCCAACGUGACCGCUACGAAGCAAAUCUUCAUCGAGGACCUGCCGCCCGUGCUGAUCCUCCACCUCAAGCGUUUCCAAUACGACAGCGUGACCAAUGGGACCCAGAAGAUCUGGAAGAAAAUCGGGUACCCCCUGGACUUGGAAAUUCCGCGUGAGGUCUUUCCUCCCAAUAGACGCAAUAUCAUGAUGAGUCAGGGCGGUCUUCCCAAGUACCGACUGAUUGGGGUUAUCUAUCACCACGGCAAGAAUGCCAGCGGCGGACAUUACACUGUUGAUGUUCGUCGCCAGGAGGGUCGCGAAUGGAUUCGUCUGGACGACACCGUCAUUCGUCGUGUUCGGGGCGAAGACGUUGCCGAGGCUGGUGGUGAAGAAGAUCCCAAGGUGCUCGCGGCGGCGCUUGAGCAGCACAAGCACGAGAAGGAUCCCAAUGCGAAUAUAUUCGAUCAUAUCGAUGAUCUGGAACAAUCCGACAACGAAAGAGGCUGGAGCCAAGUCAACGGAACCGGCUCCAGUGGCCACGCCAGCAAAAAGUCCACCUCGGCAGUCAACGGAAACCCAUCUGGGCCAUCUUCUGGCGUGCGCACGCCUCUUGGCCGAUACGGCUCUCGAGACAACAAGGUGGCAUACCUGCUGUUUUACCAGCGCAUUGCCUGA